AUGGCCAGGUUAGAUGUCACAGAGACGUUUCAUGGCAUUUCAUUUCCUGGACACCUGCACACUCAAGAGUCCUUGGAAUAUGCUGUCAAGUUUCCAUUUAGGGAUACGGAUAUCCUCAUCGUGUCUUACCCAAAGUCAGGCACCACAUGGAUGCAGGAAAUUGUGACUCUCAUACACACCAGAGGGGACCCAGGUUUGUCCCAGACUGUUGAAAACUGGAAACGAGCUCCCUGGCUGGAGCAUUAUUACAGCUCUGCUCUGCUGGAGGCCUCAUCUGCCACAGUUCGAGUCAUCACUACACACCUGCCUCAUCACCUGCUGAGACCCACCCUCCAGAACUCCAAAGCCAAGAUCAUCUACGUAAGCAGAAACCCCAAAGAUGUGGUCGUGUCCUUUUACCACUUCCACAAAAUGGCCAACUUCCUCCCUAAGCCUCAGUCAUUUCCAGAGUUUUUAACUCGAUUCCUGGAGAGCACAGUGCCCUUCGGCUCCUGGUUUGACCACAUCAAAGGCUGGACCAGUCAGAUUAACAGUAAUCUGCUUCACGUCACCUAUGAAGAAAUGUCACUGGACCUGCAUGGUACCAUAAAGAGAAUAAGCUCUUUCCUGCAGUGCCCCCUGGUGGAGGACGAGGUCAACAGCUGUGUGAAACACUCCAGCUUCAGCAACAUGAAGGACAGCAAGAUGAUCAACUACACUCUCGUCCCUAACGAGAUAAUGGACCACAGCAAGGGCUGCUUCAUGAGAAAAGGUAAAGUUGGAGACUGGAAAAACACGUUCACAGAGGAGGAGAAUAAACAAUUUGAAAGCGUCUUUACCUCAAAGAUGCAGAACUGCCCUUUAGAGUUUGUAUGGGAGUAGUGGGGCAAAGAGGAGACGUGAAUUAAAGAAGCCCCACAGAAGUACUGAAAAACAGACUAUGAAUGGAUUCCUUUCAGACAAUUUUUUAAAUAACUUUAUUUGUACAAUUUUGAUUUAACAUAUACAAAAAUGCGAUGAAUACAAUCAGCAUAUUUACAGAACUUAAACAGAGCAACCCCAAAUUCAGACUCUCCGAGAGAGAAUGAAACCCAAGUAGAAAGGAAGAAACCAGAAGAAACAGAAAGUUAAUGAGAUACGUAAAUGUGUAUACAUAUGUAGCUGUAAUUAAACAGAGAAAGAAAAGGGGAAGGGGCAGGAACCUCCAUAGUGCAUAGGUAUAGGUGUGGCCAACCACUAAAUUAGUCAAGACAACUAAAUCAUCUUAGAAAAGUUUCUAUAGCUUUAUGAAAUGUUUGUAUUUUUUACAAACUCAGUAAACGAA